GCACAAGUUUGCAGCAGCACGCAGGGAGGAUGGAGAUUCAUCUAUGUCAGGUUGAUGGAAUACAUUCUUGCGCAGAGACGGUGUAGAAAGAAGAAAGAGAGUGUUUGAGGAGCCACGGAGGGACAAAUAACCUGGAUUUACACCCACAGCAUCAUCACUUUAUCUCCUGAUGUCGGAUAUGAAAAGGACUGAUAAGAACAGGGAAAUGUGUUGCAAGGGCUUGCCGGGACGACAGGACAAAUUCAUACUCCUCAUCUUUUACCUUCAUCUGUACAAGAAUAUAGUAAGUGUAUAUUUUUGUUUCUAUUAAUCUUUAAGUGAAACCUCAUUUUCAUUUGCUCCAACACUCCAUACUGCUGAACUUCAGACGCAUUUGUCACUUACCAAACCUAUUGAUUUGGCAUCGACAGACUUCAUUGAGAUAUAACUAUCUUAAUGCAAUUAGCAUUGUUAUCUGGUGCAUGAUACUUUGGCUUUGUGCAGCACACGCCACGCUUGGUUCAGCAAAUGUCCUCAUUAAGCUGCAGGAAUUAAUUAGAGACCCGGGUCCAUCACCUCCAUCCGUCUGGUACUAAUUAACGUAAAAUCGAAAGGGACAACAAAUGGAGAAAGCGAUUUAAAAAGAAAAAAAAGCAAGAUCCAGAUGUUUUUUUGAGCCUGCUAAGUCUGAACAUUAAUUUCAAAGAAAAUAGUAAAAAUACAAAUAAACUUCAUGAGGCCAAGUAUUUAAAAAUGUCAUUUUUGUUGGUGUACUUGUUCAAAAGUUUCACAUUUUUAAAGAUUUUUAAAGGGACGUUUUCACAUCGCGUGAGAGGCUCAAGUGACACAUGGGGGAAUCUGAUAAGAAAAACACAAAUAGGAAAGCGCCAAAACAGAAAGAGAGGCAAAGAGGUGUGUCAAUCCAUGAAAUUUACGCACAUUACGCACACACAUACGCGCGCCACAACUCCUCCGAGCCACCACCGAAGAGGAAAAUCUGUUUGUAUUGUGUUGCAUAUGUCUGCUUCAGUGUAGAUAACCAGAGUCUUCUGGUAUUUCCAGGCGGAGGGGAUUCAUCCGGACUGCGCCAUCGUCUCGCAGCACCUGAGGGCUCGUGAGGUUUGCAGCCAGACGCAGAGGAACGAAGCGCAGAACCACACGGAGCAAAGCGGUGGGUUCAUGGGUGAUGCUGCUGCUGCGGCGGCUGCUCUGUGUUCCUACACACAAACACAAAUUUGAGAGAUUACUUUGAAGCCUUGCCGCGCUGCGAGAGGUUUUUAAUAGACGGUGGGAAAGUGGGUUAGAUAAAAAAAGAAAAAAGAAAGGGUUUAGUUGAGAAUCCGAGAGACUGCUCAUUAAAAACACCAAGAAAGACAGGAGAGAAACUUUAGCUGAAGCUUUUUUAAAUAAUUCUGUCAUUGAGGACUGACUAUGCAAAUGCCCCUUUAUUACUGCCAGAGCACAAACAUUAUAUAUUAAAGGGAUAUUCUGUACUUUUGUAAACUGAGCUGUGUGAGGCAUUAAUGAUUGAGUAACAAAAUUUUCACCUUGACUGGAGAGCUUUUAGGUGUGUUUGUUCAUUGAUUAACAGUAACAGCCUUGAUGUAUGGACAAAUCAGUGUUGCAAGCAUGGUGCUUUGUUUUUGGAAGGCUAUUUAAAUUGACUAAAACCAGGGUAGGCGUCGUUCAAAGCAGGGACAGAUCAUUUGUUGGGAUUUGGACACAAAGCUUGAAAAAAAGGACAUUAAAGAUGAGAAGAUGAGCAUUUAAACAAAAGCUCUGUUAGGGUUUCCUUGGCUUUUGGCUCCACCCUCAAGUGGAUUUUCCAGGAAUAGCAGUUUUGUGCACUUGGCUCCAUUUUAGACAAUGCUUAAGGAAAGAGCUCUGUAUUUGCACUUUCCUUUGGCGUGAUGAAUAAAAUCAAGGUCAGAUCAACUGUUUUGGUUGAUAGUAUCGCCUAAAACCCCAUACUGAAACAGCUGGGCUUCUUUGUCUGUAUCCUAUUGAGUGCUUAGUAAAAUGAGACACACAAAUUGGCAUCUCCUGGUGUCAAUACACUAAAUAUUGGGGAUAACUGGUAGUUCUCGUGCCAAGCAGUGAAUGUUCAAUCGUCUAGAUGACUCUAGUUGACUUCCCAGUUUAUAACAGAUAAGUUCCUCAUACAAACCCCCAAUAAAAAGUCUGAACUAUCCCUUUAAAAACUCAAAAUGACUGUAAAAACAUUCAUAUAACUUGAGCAGCAGACAGAGGUCAAAAUAAAGUUGAAAUGUGAAGUGUUUCUCUCUAUCAUACAACGUCAGCAGAUAACGCUAAGGUCACAAAAGUUAAAUGGAGUUGCAUGAAGCUUACCAAAUAUUGAACUUUGACCUCUAAGUUUUUUUCAGUUUACAGCUUCAAAUUCUGACUUUAUUAGCUCUGCACAGAAGUAAUUAUUUGAUAAGUCCAUUUGACUGUAAAGGGUCAGGAUAUAUUGAAAACUGUCUCAGAGUCCAAAGUGAUGUCCUCCAGUAAAAGUAAGAGUUCAGCUAACCCUCACAUCUGUGAAGCUAAAUGGGAUUAUUUUUCACGUCUGUCCUGUAAAACAACAAAAAUCCUUUUUGACUUCUUUGACUCUCAACAUACUCGCUGAUUCAUUUUAUGUUUAAUGAGAGGUGGACAACAACAUGUCAGACGUUUAUGGGGAGGCUUUAAUCUGUAACAUGAUUCAGGUGUAAAUAUUCAUCUAACUGUUUACAAUCCUGAUAUACUUUUAAAUUAAGCCAACGCUGUCUACUAGAGGCGGAUCAGAGGGAGGCUAACUACCUUUAAUGGUCCCCUCAUGCCUGAGUCUCUUAAUGCUUAAUAUGAUUUCCUCGUUAGUGUGUAUUUAUUUUUAAUGCAAUUUAACACUAAUUUUGUGCCUUGUCAUAAUGGCUUAGAAUUGAUUAAAUAUCCUCAAAUGAAAAAAAAAAAGAAAAACCUUAUAAUGCAAAUGACUGUGUAAAUUAAUAUUGACUAUAUUCGCAGCAUCAUCUUGGCCACAUUGAUCCUGUCCUGCUGCUCUCCCUCCUGGCUUCAUUUGUGUGUCCUUAUAUUCUGAGUCAUUGACUUCAUCAUAAAAUGAACCUGAUGUCCCCAGGGGCCCUCUCUGUGGCCUCUUUCACUGAAUCUGAGCUGCUCUCAGCACUGUCAGAAACUGCCCCGGUCCAAAAACACUGUGGUGACUCCGAGACUCAUUUGAUCCUAAUUUCUCCUGACGACUCCCAAAGCUGGAGCGAUACCACACUUUGGUGCUAAGAUGUCAUCCUCUGCUCAUUACAAAGAUAAAUGUCUGCUGAUGAGUUUUUCUGUCUGGGUAGGUGCGUUUGUUCGUUCACCAGUGUGAUGCCAGUAAUGCAGGUGUCAUGUUUUAAUGUGAAGUUGGAGAGUCAUGUAGAGUUUAAACUUUGUCUCUCUUAAGUACGGCUUUCCUAGUACCUUUAACCCUCUGGUUCAUAGUGGUCACUACAGUGGACAGCUACCAAAAACUCUUUUUCUCUUAAAUGCAAUGGUUUCUAUGGUGGAAGUGUAUAUCAGCCUUUAGGGUGCUCUCUACUGCCCUACUCCAUUGAGUUACAUUUAGUGAGUAAUCAGUGUAACUGCAAGUAAAUUUCCUACAAAUCCAAGAUGGCCGAGAAACAGCCACCCCUGCUGACUACAGCUGGCAUGUCCUGUCAAUACUUCUAUAGUAGAAGAACCCCAGCUGUAAAAAAAAUAUGAUGAUAUCCUGUAACAUCUAAGGAAGGAUAUUAUCCAUUUGGAAUUGAAAAUUCCAUGUCCAAUAUGUAGAAAAUUACAAUUAACCAUGUGUCCAACUGAGUGGACAUCAUGCAUCACCCAGUAUUUUUUUUAACAGGAGUCAUGUAAUUGCUCCACUGGUACUUGUGGCUGUUUUGGUUAUAAAUCAGUGUAUACAGUGUAAUCAGUGUGUAACAGUGACCAGUAGUGGCUGUCAGAGAAGAAUAGACAUGUAGGGGCUGAGGAUGAUGGAGAUACAGACAUUCAGGGUGCAGAAAGGGUAGAUGCCUGUAGUCAAGUGGAUGAGGACCAGGAUGAUGAGAGGCAGGAUGCAGGGGAAGGUCAGCAUGAUCAGGGAGCUGUGGAAAAUGGGCACAUGACACCUGACCAUUCUCAAGCUCGCAAAAAUAUCUGGAAAGUCCAAGACAAUCACUUUGAUAGAGAUAUGUCUCCUUUUCUAGGAGAGUGGAAAUUCAAUGUGGAGGGAAGAGAGCCUAUAGACUUCUCCAGACAUCUGUUUCCAGCAGAUCUCAUUGAUGAUAUAGUGAAAAACACCAAGUUGUAUGCUCCCCAGAAAGGGAAAGAAAAUCUGGCAGUGACAGGAGAAGAAAUGCAGACUUUUUUAGGAAUCAACAUGAUCAUGGGGUACAUUCGUUUUCCCAGGGCACACAUGUACUGGUCUAGUGAGGAUGGCCUUCGUCUAGGGAUGAUUGCAAAUGCCAUGUCUGUAAACAGAUAUGAGCAAAUCCUGUGCUCAUAUAAAGCCUGUGUGCCACUGUGCCCUGGAUGCUUUGCCAACUUUCAUACAUCCUAGGUGUGAUGAGCAGAGACAUGUUUGGAGAUGCAGGGACUAAAAUGUCAGUUUUUGUUGUUGAAAACAACAUGCCCGUAUAAGGGCAUGGUAAUGUCAGUCCUGAAUCUUUAUAGUACUGUGGGGAUUUACAAUAUUGUUUCCAAUGUUGGAGAUAGUUUGGCAUAUUUUGGUGUACUGUACUUUUUACUGUAAGUUCAUAAUGUUUUGUGUUGAGUGCUCAGGUGCAUAUAGUCCACUUGAAUGGACACUUCUGUAGUUUUGUGAAAAAAUAACAUUUUUGGAAAAAAACAAUUUUACAUGUUCUUUUAUGUCCUGAGAAUGAUAAAAACACUUAUGAAAAAAAUCUUGAUCAGGGCUUUCAUAAUUCAUGCAUCAGAGGGUUAAAAAAGUUGCUUGAGGCAGAGCAUAGGUCCUGUAUAUUUGUGUGACACGCUGCUGCUGUUCUAACGAAGCACCCACAGUUCAUCGAAGUUUUCAGAGCUUUAAAAACAGAAAAAACGCUUCUACAGUCGCACAUCCGAUGUAAUAUGUGUACACUUUGCAAUGUGUAUCAUAAAGCGCGGUCAACAAAAAGUACGGCUAUGUAGGCUCACCUCUCCACCACAGUGCAGGUGAGACUGCCCCUUAUAUAAAUACCAGCUUUCAAACACAGCGCCCAUGUGACCCAAACCCAACGAAACCAAUAGCAACCAGACAGAAGUAGCUUAGGAGGUAGAGCGGUCAUCCAAUAACUGGAAGGCUGGUGGUUCGAUUCCCCCCUAUCCCAAGUCUGUCCGUUGUGUCCUCAGGCAAGACACUUCACCCACCUUGCUCCCAGUGUGUGUCCUCCACUGGUGUAUGAUUGUGAGUGUUGUGUAGUGGUGGUCGGAGAGGCUGUAGGUGCAAACUGGCAGCCACGUUUCCGUCAGUCUGCCCCAGGGCAGCUGUGACUACAAAGGUAGUUUACCACCACCAAAGUGUGACUGUGUGAGCAAAUGAAUGAUGUAUCCAAUGUAAAGCGCUUUGAGGGUCUCUGAUAAAGCGCUAUAUGAAAUCUGAUGCAUUAUUAUACAGAGGAUAACCGAUAAGCAAAGGGACAUUAUGGCUCCUACACUCAUUAUUGACUGACAGCAUUUACGUCUCUUAUUACAAAUUGGUUUCUGUUGAUUUUGGCGCCCCCUGUGGACAAAGUGAUACUGCUUAUAUUUUGUUCUAUACAUGUAGGAGUAUUGCUUUUAGACAAUAACUUCAUCCAGUUGUUUUUUUUAACGACAGAAUAAUGCUCGAGUAGGGUAGUACAAUAUUGCAACUUUUUUCCUUUCUGUAAUAUAUAAUGUAUUAAGAAAAAUACAAGAGUUUAUACCAAACAAACACAAUUUUAACAACACGAUCAAUGUCACUGUUCAAAAUCUGGAUCUUUUUAUUGAUCUUCUGCUUUAAAAUCAAAUCUUCCCCCCUAUUGUCAUUACACUAUUUUCAGCCGACUUAUAGCAGCAUGUUGAAACUCAAGAGAAAAAGAGAGGGGAGUAACACAUAUCUAUAUAAACUUAACUUUUAAAUGCCAACAAAUUCCUUACACAUCAAUCAUGUCCGUUGAUGUAAAUAUUAUGUUUAAUCUGCUGUAAACCCAGUGAUGGUUUUUCUUAUUUAAUGAAAAACUCACUGUCACUGUUAACAUCCGAUUUUUCACAUCCAUGAUGUUCGUGCUCUGCAUGUGCAGAUGCUAAAAGUUAACACCCUGUGGUCCUGUUAGUUCAGCUGUCUGUAUGUGCCAGCAGGACAACACUGUCUAAUUAAGCUUUUUCCAUAUACCUUUGACAAUAUCGCUGCGAUAUGACGUGAGUGCAUGUUUAAACUUAAGGGUCCUGUGACACGCAUACAAAUACCACCUGUACAGCAGUCAUUUUCUCUACAUGCUUUAAUGAAUGGAAGUAAUUUCAGAUAAACCUUUAAUGUGGAUAAUAACAGGGAAGCGGUGACAGGGCACGUCUUGUGAUGUGACAUGCACCUAUCGAGUGUUCACCGUUUGAAACAUGGUGCUCAGCCUUAUUAAUCAGUUGCUGUGAUUUUAGGUUAAGGUCUAAAAGGCAGUGUUUUCAACCUGUUGUUAGGAUCAAAAGUUGUGACACUCUCUCUUUGCAUUUUUAAAGCACGAGAAAUGACUAUAGUAAAAAUAUUAGACUUCUUGAUGUUGUUUUCACAGGUCAUAAAGAGGCAUCAGUAUCUCUCACAUGGGCUUUAAAUGCUCUAUCAUUAAAUUGUGUAUAUAUCACAAGGUUGUUAACCUCAGAACUUAAUGUUCAAUUUAAUUGGUCUGUAUCCAAAAGCUGAUUAUUAAAUGUUAAGAUGAUAUCUGUAAUGCUGAUUUACUGACCAAUGGAGUAACUGACUGACCCUGGAGUCCAGGUUUACUCUCUCUUGAUUCUGUCCAGCAGCUACAUUAAACAAAAAAAAAGAAAAAAAAGAAAAAGAUACUAUUUCAGGCUGAAAAAAAAAUGUUCAUUUGCAUCAAAAAUUAAAUUUCAUGCAGCAAUAAUUCCCCCGUGAAGUCCAGUGAACGCGAGCUGCCUAAUAAAUGAAGACAUCAUCAGGUCCUCCCGCAGGGGUGGUCUGGAAGCUCAGCCUCGGUGUCCAAAGUAAUUUCUCAAGUUGUUGUUAAUCCUAAAUGAGGUGACAUUCAGGCGGCUGAAUGCAUAGCCUCUUGAUGAUAAAGGCUACGGGAAAAAAGUCUUGCCUGGUGGGUGAGGAGGGUUUUUCCUUUAUCAGGAAGGAAAAGAUUGAAAUUAGUCAUCAGCCCCUUUGACAGGACUGUUAAUUGUGGAUUCAACUGUUUAACACAUAGGGGAGUUUUACAUAAUGGUUUUCUCCCUUUGAAAGUUCAAAAUCCCCCUUGAUUACGCCCAAACGCGAAGUAUAAGUUUCAUAAUUUAUGGUUUUGGCUGCAAUCAGAGUGGCUUUUGUUGCAGGCAUGAAUCAGGACAAAAGUUUCCUCUAAAAAGGUCAUAUGAUUUGGGCUUUUUGCUUGACUCAUCUCAGGCUAAAACAGAGUCAUUUUAAUUAUAACCACAGCACAGUUUUCAUCACUUUUAGUGUCUGCAUGCAUAAUCAAGUGCUGAGAUUUAAAUUUGUUAUCUUGCAGAACAGAGGUGUCAAACUCGAUCACAGAGGGGGCCAACACUUAAAAUACAGUCAAAGUUGCGGGCCAAACAGGAUUAACAUUUAUUGAAUUUUCUGAAACUGACCGUUUUGAAUCUGAAAUUCAAAUUUGGAGGCCUAGACCACAACAACUGUAUUUUUAACUCCCCCUUAUUUCAUUUCUCCGAGUCAGGUUCUCGGCGUGUUUUCUUAGCUGCAAGUUCAUUUAUGUUCAUAGUGUUUAUCAGUGAAAUGACUUCUUUGUGUGGUUUUGUUCAUUUUUAUUACAGAAAAAAUGUGCUCACACAGGUGUUAAGGGCCAACUAUCAAACAUGCAGAGCAGUAGAGCAGUCUGUUGGCAGAGCCGGGGCAUUGUCUCAGGGAUGAGGUGUGGGAACUGCGCGGGCCCCGAUGAGUCAUACCGUGCCUUGAGUGUGCCGUUACACUAGAUUCUAUCAGCUCUAUCAGCAUGUCUAUAAGAGCUUUCUCCACGUCAGCGCCAAAUGGAUUUCUGAGCAAUUUGAAAUUUAAUUUCUGCUCUUCCUGUGAACUCAGAGCAAAGUGUGCUCAGUUUAUCAGCAGAAGAAGCGUCUUGAAACACAGCAGUGAAGAUCUGGUUUGCGAUUUUUUGGCAACAUGGAAAGUGACUGAAGUUCUCUUUCUGCAUCUUCAUCUCCCACGGGUGUAGUUUGACCUGAAAAGCUCUCACUGCUUCAUACAUGUCUGUGAUCAACGUUUUGUCUUGUAGUGCUGUCUAAUGAUGUGCCCUUCUAUUACAGCCACAUUAGCUUUACAAACAAGACACACAGGUUUACCUCCACCGUCAACAAACAGGCAUUCUGUCCCCCUACCUGUUUUGAGAGUCCCUGUUUUCAGAGACUACUUAAAUGUGACUAUAAAACAGCUGACUAACUAUCCAUGUGCCAUUAGAGCAGUGGCGGAGGGGUUGAUGCUCAGGUCUUGAACCGUGUGGCGGCUUUUGCAGUGUAUUGUGAGACUUGUAGUACGAGUGGAGGAAGAGCCAUUAAUAAUAUGAAGACAUAUGAAAUCAUCUUGCGGGUCAUGGAUAAUCAUAUUGCGGGUCGAAUGUAGCCCGCGGACCUUGAGUUUGACAUGCCUGGCCUAGAGCUUUCAGUGUCAAUGCUACAGGUUGUUAUAACUGUCUAUGUCCAAGCGUUGUUUAUUAGCUGCAGUGAAAGUCUUUGAAGCGGUUCCUGUCCAGCUGAAGACAGAGCCCAACCUUGCUACCUAAGCCCUCUGUCUUCUCCUGGUGUCCCUUCUGUUGCUAGUGUGGAUUUGAAAGUGGGGGGGCUUAGGUAGGCCAGCCAGUCAGAGGUCCUGCCUGUAAGUCCUACAAGCCCCAAACCCCUGCUGGCCCAGAUGACAGAACAGGAGAGGGCUGGGGUAAACCUUGUCACAGGAGAUAAUGUAGCCACUCUCCAGAUAGUCCUUGAUUACCAGUUCCACCAGAAAGCCCCUUCCCUGAAGCGCCCUGGGCCUUCCCUGUGUACAGCCUGUAGUCAACUGUGCACUCAUCCAUAUCAGCUUGACUUUUAUAUACAGUUUUAUUGAAAGCCUAGCCUCUGUGGCAACCAUCCUCUCAUCCACUGAGAAGUGCUGCUUUAGAUGGUAAAUGCUCUUGCAGGUGUUUCUGAUGAUAUCCGGAAGAGAUCUGACCUUUUGCAGGGGUCAUUGUCCUCUGUCACAAUUGUAGUCAAGCAUACAGGACUAGUGUUUAAAUGCAUCGUUUGAUUACAAAGUCAAGACACUAACAAGGGCUACUUUACAUCGUAAAAGCUCUUGUUGGCAACUUUUUGUUUGUGCCAACUUUGGCGCCCCCUGUGGACAAAGCAGUCUUGCUUAAUGCAUCAGAGUUUUUAUAGCACUUUUUGUCAGUGACCUCAAAGCACUUCACAUUUGACACAUCAUUCGCUGACACACUCACACCUUGGUGGUGGUAAACUACCUUGGUAGUCACAGCUGCCCUGGGGCAGACUGAUGGAAACGUGGCUGCUAGUUUGCGCCUACGGCCCCUUUCGACCACCACCUCACAAUAAUCAUUUUCAUACACGUAUGGAGGACACACACUUGGAGCAAGGUGGGUUAAAUGUCUUGCCCAAGGACACAACGGACAGACCAGGGAUAGGGCGAGAUUCGAACCGGCAACCUUCCAGUUAGUGGCCGACUGCUCCACCUCUUGAGGUACUCCCGCCUUGUUGUGCAGCUUGUCCUCUAAAAGCUUUUGUUGUGUCUUUUGACUUUUCACAGUGAAAUUGAUCAUUUAUUGUGAAUAUUUGUGUUGAUAUGAUAAAACAGGGCUAUUUUUCAGCUACUCAACUAUCACCUCGCCCCUUGUUCCUGUUUCAAGUUUCUAUGUUUAACUUGUCAGUCUUGCCUCUGAUGGUCUGCUAUCAUUAAUUUGAGUUUCAGUCUAUUUCAUAAAUGUCAAAAAACUCUUUAUAGUAGCUUUAAUAUGGAUUUUAAAACUGCUUUAAAAAGUAAAAUGAUGAGAUUUUGAGAUAAGGUAUAUUAAUAUAAAUAUUAAAAAAUUAGCAAGCGAUCCAAAUGAAAUCAUAUGUUUGCCCCACUAAAAAGAUUAUUAUUAUUUGUUAUUGUGGUUCAACUGGAUUGUGAGGAGAUCUUGAUGGACAGGCUGGAAGAUGAUGUCUGCCAUCAGUGCAUGAAUGUGUGUGUAUGUGUGUGUGAUGGGGUGUGACCUCGAGUGGUUGGGAGACUUGAACAGAUUCAUGUUAGAGCCGGUCUACAGCUUUGUGGUUUAAAUUGUUACACACAUCCAGUAAGAUACGCUUAAUAUUGCUCAUGUCAAGGGAAAAAUGAUUUACAAGCUCUUCUUUUUCCUGUAAAAUUAAGGGUAAUGCACAAAAACAGCAUGAGAUGCACUUCAAAAUACCCACCCCCAGUAUUUUUUUUUCACCAGCCCACAUACUGUCAACAUGUCAGCAUGUGGGGCUGUCCUUGCUCCUAAUGUUAGGGUGCAUCAGCUCUCCGGAAAAGCAGAAUUUUCUUGUUCCAUUUUCCUCCUCAGAUUGGCAUCCUUGUCACUGUAUCCUCACUUUCACUGUGGUCUCCUGGUUCUGGACUUAAAAAGAGCACGCCUAGUAAUGAAAUGGGCUUGUUCAGUGUCCUUACACGACAGUCUAUAUGCAGUUUGGUUUGUACAAAUAUCACAGCUGUCAUUUUUCCACCCACUAAAGUGCUUUUAAAUGAGCCACACACUCUACCGUAAAAAACGCUUUUUGGAGCCCCUUUUCCCUGUAAGGAACGUGUCACUUUUCCCAUUAGUAUUCUCCUAAAAAAGUGUUACACUCAGCAUGAUCCUCUUACAUACAACACUCCUGAAGAUAUUUUCCUUCUUACCAAACCCAAGAUUUAAAAUGCAACACAAAUUCUAGCACGAAGCAAGAAUAAGAAGCCUUGACAAAACUUUUAAGCGCACAACUUUGCACAAACUAUUGAUUGAGUGAUCAACAGCUGCGAGCUCGUGACUGCAUCCUUUUAUUUUUAAAUCAUGCACUUUACUGAUGUUUCUUUUGUUUCUAUACCCACACAGAUUUCCUCUCUCACAAUAAGUUAAUGACAGGGAGCGGUUUGAUAAGUAUUGUCGCAUUGUUUUAGGAGUGUAAUUAAUUGCAGCUUUCAAUCGAUGGAAACACUCAGCAGAGAGGAAAACUUUAUACAUAGCAGUCUUGCUUCGAACAUGUCUGCUUUAAGGCUGUCAAUGGAGAUCUCUGAAGAUGACAGGAAUCAAGACUUGUCACCGCGGAUAUUUUGCAAGGGAGAGCGGGAUAGGCACGGCUGUAAUCCAAUUUGAAUUUCAAAGACAGAGAUAGACUUUAAUGUUGCGCGGUUAUUUAUUUCAUUUUUUUAGAUAAGAGUUUUUUUGUCUCCCUCAAGAGAGAGGGAUGUGUUUGCUUUUGAGAUCACAGUUGUUCCAGCACAAAUACUCAGCAGUAAUCCAACACUCUCAAAACAACAACAACAACAACAGACAGGCAUUUUCACAUUUACAGUUUCUCCACCAUUAACAGAGUGCUGAUUACGUUUCCAGCCUUCUGAUCAGGAUUCAAAGAUCUGAGUUGAGGUUGCUAAAACAUGAAGCCAUUAUGGAUGAUACAAUCGAUAAAUGCCGCAUAGAGGACAAACAUAAUGCUUUUAUCAAAUCAAUGCACCGAGAGGCAGCAAAAACAAAACCGUGCAGAUACUGAGUGGCUGAAAGAAAAGAUGACCGUCAGUGAGCCUGAUGUAAUUUCAAAUCAAAGUGACACCCGGAGUAUGUUACCAGCUCAACGCUCUGUCCUUUGAUUAAAACCGCUCUGACCACCGACACAUCUGUAAGUUAUGCCCAUUUGUUACCCACCUAUCUCACUAACACCCAGCUGUAUUAAAUACUUGACUGUGAUUGGCCAAACCCCAAAACAUCGGUUGUAUAUUUUGACAAGCAAAAGUGACACUUAGGCCAACCGAAUCACACAACUCCAAUCAACAUAAUCGAAGAAAAGGAGUCACAUUUAUGCUGGCUUUGGAGGUAUUAUGAGAUUGAUUGAGAGAGAAGAAAAUGCCGGUAGGGAAGUUAUGAGAAAGCUGCACUAAUAAAAUCAAUAAAAUCAUCUUAAAUUCCCCUUUAAGCUAGUUGCCAAAAACAGGAUAAGGUCCACUUAUUCUCAAAGGAACACUGAGUUUGUGUUGGUUUUGGUGCCCCCCGCCAUGGGCAAAGUAGUUUGACUUUUCUCUUUGCUGAUUCGUCCUGUAUAUACAUAAGUGUUGUUGAACAAGAAUCUUGUCCAGUUCUCCUAAAAUAGUAAAAUUCAUAACUUUUGGAGAAUUGGCAAUUGAAAAUGCAGAGGGGGAAUGGCACCUCCCCUCACAACAGGGAUUUAAAGUAUUUCAAAAUAGUUCUUGAAAAAGUAUUUACCAUCAGUUAUUAUCUCUUUUGUUUUUACAGACCAGAGGCAGAAAUAUCAGUACCAAUUUUUUCUGUUUCAUAAUCAACAAAAUAAAUAAAUAAAAGUCACAGGGGCUUUUAAUUUCUGUUCCUUGUGCCAUUGUAAAGCUCCUGUCAGUAACUUUUGGUUUGUGUCAAUUUUAGUGCCCCCCUGUGGACAAAGCAGUGUUUGCUGAACUUCUGCAUAAAUGGAAACCUUUUUUUUUUCCAACAAAAAGGUUUGAUGGUUAAAUUGAUCAUUUCUUGUGAAUACUUUAAUGGGACUUAACCCGUUGCACCUUUUUCAAGUAUUAGAAAAUAGAGUAUAGAAAUCAUAAGACUUGCCCAGAAUGGUUUUGUUUGCUUUAAGAAAUUAUUAAAAGGCAUCAGUGGGAGUUUCAGUCUUUUUUCAUAAACCUUAUUCUCAUAAACUCCUUACAGGAGCUUUAAAUAACCACAUUAGUUCUUUCUGCAGAAUCAAAUCUAAACAUCCCAUAUUGAUAUUUUUUAUAAUAGGACAAGCUUUCCUGUAAGUGUCCGAUCAGCCUCUCUGAAAUGUCUUUACAGUCUCCAAGCAGGGACAUAAACAUCUUAAUAUUUUAUUCUUUAAUUUCACACUGAAGCGACCCCCAAAACAAUUUCUUUUCUAAAAUUUGACAUGAUGCCAGUGUUGUUUUUCCAGGCAAACCUGGGAGAAACUGAAAUACAUUUUAAUAUUUUAUUUUUCUUGAGCAGAUGAAAAGUUGUUCUGCCCUACUGUACAACGUUUCUUUGUAAGCAGGACUGAAAAUUAGAUUGAAGGUUAGGGUCCAAUGUUGGGAAUUAGUCAUACUAACAAAUAAAAGUGUUCUUGUACAACGUGUUGCACAAGAGCUGAAUCAUAAGAAGGCUGAUGGAGAAAAGCAACUGUAAAAAACAUCAGGGGGAUAGAAAAGUAGAAGCCAGAGAUGAAGCCAGAGUUCAAAAGAACAUGCGAAUGAAUGUUUGCACAUGGCUGCUGAUGCAGAUUUGGCAAAAAUACUCAUUUUGUGCAGCACUGGGGUUAAAAAUUAGAUCAGCUCAAAGAAGAUAGAGCUGUACUAAUCCCAAAGGAAAUUCUCGGGCCAGAUUGCUCCAGAGCCACAGGACCGAAACAUGAAUAACACAAAAGAGCAUCUGAUACAAGUGAGAUGGAUAAAGAAAAAACUGUUUUUUAAAGUGUACAGAGCAUGAGGGUGAAGGCAAAGAAAGAGUGUUGUAGAGUUUAAGCAAUAAAAGUGACCAAAAAAUAAUCUUCCUCAUGCUAACCAGAACUUACUUUACAGACCGUAUGAAGUGUGAAAAACAAAGUGGUUUAAAAAGUAAGACUUUAAUAUGAUAUAAAACUCAUAAGAGCUAUUGAACUGCAUGAAUCAUCAAACUGCAGCUGGAGUUUACAAAAUCAUUUUGAGGCGCUGAGUAGUUUGAUUUACAACAAAUGUAAUGGCUCUAAAUGAAGCUUAAUGGACACGAACGCAUUAUAUAAUCCCUGAAAAUGACGGUGAUUAUAAUGAGCUUCUCAGCGUUUGAUCAGUAGGUAGUAUUGAAUAUUUUUUUUACAUAACCACAAUCCGUGUCUGCAGGGUUGUUUGUUGAAUGGAAAACUGCCGUUACACUGAAGCUCAUGCAGGUGAUCACGAUGCAGGUCAGUCUGACCCCUCUUGGGUUCGAUAUCUAUAUCUCUCAGCAUUGCAUAGCAUUUCCUAAAAGUGACAUCUGUAGCGUCAUUGCUGCUGGGGCCCUUAUAGACAGUACCCACUGGGACUGAUAUUCUUGUGUCAUCCUGCUGCAGCCAGAGGGCAAAAGUGAUGAGAAUGACAGAGUAGCAAGAGUUUUGAAUUCAGAAGUAGAAGGAGGACAAAAGGGAAAAAUAGAAAAAAAUUAUGCAUUUAUUGCACACUGAAUAUUUUGUGUCACUCAGUCGGUUUACAUGCACAGCUUAAUCGGACUAAGCUUAAUUCGUUUUUUCGCCCAAACUGGACUUCUCUGCCUGUCCGCGUAUACAUGCAGCUGAGAAAUUUGAAUUAUUGACAUGAACGUGCCCUCCUCCUCAAAACUAGGGGGCGAUAGGGGUCUUUGACAGGUUCAUGUCAGAGGUGGCAACAACCUCUGCUGGGCAUUUUUGAGCAAGAAGAUGGAGCAUCGUACAGCGUUGUUUUUGUGGCACAUGAUGUACGCGCUACUUUUUCUGCAGAUGAGAUGCACGCUACUCCUCAUCCCUGGUGUUUUUGUUCCGGAGUUAUGGGGGCGUGGUGCAUGCACACAUGUAUUGUCCGAUCAAACUCUGACUACUCUGGUUACAUGGUAGAGAAAAUCGAAUUCCAGUCGCAUUAUCUGGGUGUCUUAAUUGGAGUUCUCCGACUCCAAUCGGAGUUCUCAAACCUGAUUAUAGUCAGACUGAGGUGUUUAAAUGCACUUCAGUUGUCCGGUCUUAAUCGGAAAAGGCAAUAACUCGGUUUUCUCGAGUGUCAUGUCAACGUACUGAGUGUCAGGAUGGGGUGCAUGUGUGAACGCGAACAAUGGAACUUUCAGUCUCUGUUGAUUCUGGCGCCCCCUGUGAACAAAGUGUCUUUGCUGACUUUUUCUGUACGAUAAGUGAGUUUUAUUUUGACAAAAAAAAAACAAUUCUUUUUGUCUCUUCACACUCAAAUGUCCCUUUUCCCCCGAAUUACCUGAGUGAGCAGUAUGUGUGAACAGAAACAUCUGAGUGUUUCACCCCGACAUCACCCAUUGUGUCAUUUCGGGGUAGAGUCCAAGCGACCUUAAUCAAUCUGACAUCAUGAUGAGUCUCCUAACACCCCCACACACCUCUGUCUGACAGGGGAAGCUUCACACUGUGAGGAUGUAGGAAGUUUUUGCCUCGCCACUGUCACUCAUGUUGGAUGAGAUGGAUCAAAUCUCUAGACUAGACCUGCUCUUUUUCUUUGGAAAGCGUCUUGGGAUAACGACUGUUGUGAAUUGGUGCUAUAUAAAUAAAAUUGGAUUGAUUGAUUGAUUGAUUGAUUGAUUGAUUGAUUGAUUGAUGUAUGAACAGUACAGUUAGGUAAUUUGCUCAGCCUGGAUGUCUAAAAAAAAGGAAAAACAAGGCUAAUUCUGCAGCGUGGUUGUGUUUUAAUGAAACCAGUACUGUUUCUUAUUGUCCUACUUGCUUUUGAGGUUCACUAAAAGGCAUCAAUAUUAAUCCAGUCUGUUUCAUAAUGAGCAAAAAUCUCCUUACAGGAACUUUAAUCCUGUUUUUUUUGUGCAGGCCCUUAUGUAAAAGUCUAAAAGUGAACUGAUGUGUGAAUGCAGCUGGUCUUAGUCUGGACUAAUUUAAUGUGAGCAAGUGUUUGGGAUGUGGAUGUUGUUCACUUGACGCUUCAUUUCUCGCCUCGGUUGUCUUUGCUAACUAUCUGCUGUUAUUAUAACUGUUGUGGAAGCAUCGCUGUUCAUGUUGAGGUGAUAUUAACAGAAAAAUUCCGAGGUAAGGGGAAAUGACUCCCCCGUCUCCUGCACACUCAGUUCUGGAAAAUGUCAAGUUCUGAAUGUCCUGAAGCAGCGGAGACAAUUUUAGGGGUUCAAGUAGGAGAGGGGCUUAAAAUAGACAUUAGUCAAUAAAAUGAUGGUGAGAAAAGACAGGUACAUGUAUGUCUCGCUUCUCUGAGUGUUGAGUGAGAAUAAAACAGGAGAUGCUUGAAAAAAUACUUCUGUGAUCCUAUCUGACAAAACAAACAGUGUCCAAAUCAAAAGUGCCACUAAAGAUAACAGAUAACAGCAAAAAUAACCGAUAAAAACAUCAAGAAAUACCUGUAAUAUUAAUUCCAGUUAGACCAAAGUGUUAUGAGUUAAAUAUACGUUACACAAGAGCAUGAGUCACCUACUCCCCCACAGCUCAUUCACCACCCGUGAGACCACAGCUCAUUGUGUGACACUUUGUGAAAUGACAGACUGGAGAGCUGAAAGUGCAUCCUAAAUGAUUCGUCUGUCCCCCCUGGAUCCUCGCCUUCAGGAAUCUCUGUCCGAGUCGGCCUGAAAGCGUCAGAAGAGACACUGAUGUGAAUCCUCCAACUCCUAGGUCCUCCAUGAAUAAUUGCACACACCACUGCCCAUCUUUUGUAUCCUGUGGGUAAAUUGGAGGUGACAUCGGGUUUUUUUUUAGACUACCUGAUUGGGUGCUGGAUGUCGGUUUUUGGAGAUCAGGGAACACAGGAGAAAGUGUGGGCGGACGGUUAGACACACUGACUUCAGGAAAUAUUGUAAGGCACUGAGAGAAAAUGGAGGAAUCGUAUCCUGUAAAUCACCGCUCUGGUGCAGAUUAAUGAAAGCACUGACAGUAGAUGUCAUACAUUACCAGAGUGCAUGGGCACAGAUUCAAAACAUUUCCAAGGACUGGUGAGAUAAAUAUACAGUUUUUCACCCGCAGACAGACUCGAUAGGAAGGGAAAUUAACUUCAGGGUGUGAUAACUCAGAUUAAAAAUGACCUGACAACUAUCAUUUCAAAAGGAGUUUACCAAAAUACUAAUUAUUAAGAAGUUUGACCAACCCCGGACAUUGAUUUAGUUGUUUAUUUUGCAUUUAUGGGGAAAAAUAUUCAGCAUUAAUGAAGUUCCUGUUUGCCUCAGCUUCAUGUUUAGUGCCACAUUUAUUAAAGCUACUAUAAGGAGUUUUAACUUUUAAAACAAACACUGGUCAUCAAAAAGGAAAUUAAUUAUAUGGAGUGAUAACCUCUGAAGUAAAAAAAAAAAUGAAGGUCUUUUCUUUUUUUGUUCCAACCACUUUGGAGUCAAUACUCUUCCUCCCACUGGGUUAAUAUUUUUAUCUAAAAAUCAAGGACUGCAGAGGUAAUUUAGUCGUAUGCUGUGUGAUGUGAUCUGCUGUCCAAAUCCCCAAAAUAAAGAAUUUUUAAUAAAUGACAGCAAAAUUGCAGAUCCUCGAGAGUCCCCUAGAGGAGAUCCCUUAACACUCAUGUCAACAUCCAUCCAUCUACUUUCAUUACUGCUUCCCCUAUUCGGGGUCACGGCGAGGCUGGAGCGUAUCCCAACUGUAAUUGGUCAGGAGGCGGGUUCCACCCUGGACAGGACGCCUGUCUUAUCACAAGUCAGAGAGACAAAUAUCCAUUUAUACGCUCACUCUCACGGGCAGUUUAACAUGUCAAACAUGUUUUAGGACUGUGGGAGGAAGCUGGAGGAAGCUCAGGCAUGCACAGGAAUGAACCAUAGACUGUAUAAAGAAUGGACAGCGUCUGCCUCCUCGCUGGGUGAAGCCACUCUGAGAACAGCACCCUCUGUUGAUGGGCUGCAGUACAGGUCAUAAAUCCCGCCUCCGCCAGCAAAGCUUAUGGGACUGUGGACAAACUUUAGAAAUUUAUUACACAGAACAUAAAUGUUUCUCCCCCCCUGGUUGUGAUGUUGACAUGUAGUUCUUGUAAGACUGGUUUGUGCUCAAGUCCUUUUUUUUCUGUACAGCUCAGUUUUUUAAAGUUAUUAGGGGGUUCAUGUUUUCUAUGAUUGACACCUGGUACAGCCUAUGGGCGUUCAGGGAUAGCUCUUCCAGGGGGAUACGCUGUUUGAGCCGAGCGUCAUCACAGAGACUCUCGGCGACUGCGCGGCCGAAUGUGCGCAUCGCUACUGCACAGCUCUGGUUUCAAGGAAGUGGAGAAAAACCCGGAAUUACCGAGAGCUUUUUGGCUUCAAAUCCGUAUACAGGCGGAAGAUGGAACCAGGUUGUCCAUAGUAUAUACAGUCUAUGGAAUGAACAUGCAAACUCCAUACAGAGAGGCCCUGCUGGCAUGGUAACUGUGCUAACUGCUGCUCCACCCUUGUCACGAUAACACCAUAUCAUACGUCAGAAAUAAACAUGACAACAGCCUAACUCAUUAAUAAUAACUAAUUUCUCUAUUUACACACACACUGCCUAUUUGACGGCUGUGGAUGAUGUCCAUGUACCACAUCCAUGUUUUAAAACAGUCCAUGUGAUAUCAUGAGGAGCGACGACGAGCUCUGUAAAUGUUCAGAAACAAAACAAAGAGUCUAAAUCUGAGGAUGCAGAUGAGACUGUCUUGUAAAAAGCUGUGGUUGACUAAUAAUGAAUGAGGUAAAGAAAGGAUGAUACCUGCUGACACGCCAACAAGCUUCAUUCAUACAACACCAGCUGCAUUUUCAUGGUACACACGUUAUUUUGUCAACAGUUUCCCUGAACUGCCGGCCUAGCUGUAGAUUUGUGGUCCAGUUUUCAACGUUGUUUUUGCGACAGUAUGAGUGAAUCUUCGGGAUAAUAAAAAUAACUUUUUCUGUAGCCGACCCUUAAGCUGCUUAAACAGACAAUUGCUUUUGAGAGUACAGCUUUAUUUUCGUAGUAAAUCUGUGCAAAUUCCUUGGUGCCGUUUAUGCAUCAGUCAAGUGCCUCGGCUCGUGCGCCGCUCAUGAUGUGCUCUGUGAAUUUUUAAUGCGCCCUGCAAAAACAGGGAGUUUCUCACGGCUUCACAUUCUUCCUGUUACUUUUCAUGAGGAGGGACUUCACCCCACCUCAGGGCGUCAUCGUGGAUAUCCACUCACACAAAGAAAGAAACUACUGUAGCAAUCUGAUCACCUGCUUACUUACAUCUUCUUACGCAACCAGGAGGAUUUUUCUUCCAAUCUCUGCACUGGGACUCUGUAUCAGGGCAUGAAAAACCUGCUUAUCUGCAGUCAAAAGGACCAGAGUUUCCUAACCUUUUUUUUCCCCAGAAACAUAUGCGCUUCUGCUUUAUCUCAGAGCUGCCAUGUUUUUUCAAUUUGCCCUCCUAUAUUUUCUUGAUAUGAGAUAAAUCUGUGAUUACCGGAACUUGAUUAAAUUCUUCUCCACGAGGAAAAGGUUUCCGGAAGGCGAGGUGACAGAUCUGACACAGAACUGCCACCCUGACAAAUAAUAAUCAUGGUGAUAAACCUAAUGUAUGGUAAUUCCGAUAUCUGCUGCUUUUUCCAUCUAGCUGUAGUGUUCAUUUAGAUUUUUCUCAAAGCCGACACAAGAUGGAAUUUAUUACAAAGGGCUAAAGUCAGGCCAGAAUGAAAUCCAGAUACAUUUUCAGCUCAUCUCCUCUGAAAUUCUCAAGAAUCAGGAAUUUUAAGGAUUAUGAAAAUGAACCCUGACUGUAACAAACACAGUCUGCUCACUCUUCACUCUGCAGGAUGUUGAUGAACAACAUUCCCCCGCUGAGGUUGUCAUAUAUAUUUCAUCUUGUUUAUUCAUCCGUGUAUAUAUUACAUCUCUUUGUUUGGAGUCAAAGGUUGAGUUAUAGAUAUAGAAAGAUAGAUACUUUAUUAAUCACUAGUGGGAAACAGCAAGACUACGGCAGCUGAAUUCACGGGCAGUCAGAAAAAAUCAAACAGACAUUCAGGCACAUGAAAGCACUCAAGAUGAAAGAUUUAUCAGAAAAGAUAUAUCUUACUUAUUCUCUAUCGAAUACAUUUAGAUAUAAAAGUAUUCAAAAUGCAAAUUUAUUCAAUGUGCACAAUUUUAUGCUGGAAUCAGCAGAAAUAUGAAUAUCUUGAAAUCUGAAUAACAGUAUGUCUGGUCAAUAACUGAGGAGGGAAUUAAGCCAAAACUGCAAAUGUGACCAUCAUGGUUACGGUCAGCAGCAUCUAUCAAGAAUAUCUGUGCUAAAAUUCAAAAGAAACAAGGACAUCUAAAUGUGGAGGAAAUUUGAGUCAGUUUUUGUGUUAAUUACCAACAAAAACUUUAAAAAAGUAUUUCCACAAAUAGAAAGUACGUCUCAUAAACUGCACUGUCAGGGUCCUAAAGAGCUGAGGGAAUUUGAGGAUGUCUCUUGUUUCUGUGUGAGUGUGAGAGACAGCCUCAUUCCUGCAGACAGCACAAAUCGACUGAUGUGAGUGUGAUGAGGCAGAACUGACAGAGAAGACGAACACUAUGGGAAUUUAAUAUGAAAGUGGCCGACCAGAAAAAAGUAUGCAUGGAAAAAAUCUUUUCCGAUGGCAACCCUCUUUUACCACUUGUAAGUGUCAGCAAUGGAUGGGUAGAGCUGCAAAGAGAAGAACACACACGUACGCACACACAAGACGAAUGGGGGAAAAGGUCAGCAAAAUAACAAUUGAUCCUUAUCCUUUCAUUGGGGGCGAUGAACUUUGGCCAGAAAUCACAUUUCCUGACACGUGUAUGUAGCUGACAGACGGUUCUUCUUCUCUCAACAAAGCCUGAAGGCGUGGAGUGCAGCUGCACAGAUGUAUGUUGAAGACAGAUUUGUCCACCUGAUUGAAUCUUGAUGGCGUCAGACGUCCUAAUCUCUAUUUAAUAGCUGAAGUGUGUGAUCUGUACAAUCUCAAUUAUAUUCACAGUUUUUUUUUUCUUCUGUUUUUCUUUUGGUUUUUAAACUCUUACAGUGUUGAUCAUGCAGACUAGGUCGUACAGAAUGUUUUAAAACUACCGUAACACAUCUUUCUUUCUUUGGAAAAAAAACAGCAUUGAUAAUUGGGAACAGUUUUCUAGCUGGAAUUAUCAGAAACAACAAACACUCUACAAGUAUGUUGUGGGGAAAACUAAGCAAAGCAUCUUGAAGACGUUCACUAGAGGACAUGGUGAAGAACUGUGCAGAGUGAAAGUGUGGACCCAGUAGGUCAAGUCUUCACUCGCAGGUAUCUGACUUAGCAUGCUGAUUUUAGUGUUGAACAAUAAUCAGGAAGGUGCAUCUUUGAUUUAGGUGCUUUGUUUACUUUUGGUCCAAAAAAAAACUGCACUGAAGUGGAAUUUUAGAAAAAAAAAAAACUAUUUCAAUAUUUUAAGACUAAAUCUACUUAUAUACAGUGCAUGUCCGGUGUUUUUAUAGACCCCAUUGAAUGUUGUAUACAAUAAAAAAAACAUAAUUAUUAUGACAUGAGGCUGUCUUUGAAAAAUCUUUAAAACAUACAAUGAAUCUACACCACAUUAAUUAUUUAAAGGGAUAUUCAGAUGUAAAAUUAAUUUAAGAUCAAACACACUGUAACACACGGACUGCUGCGGGGUGAAGCAGCUCAAGGAAGAACAUUUAUGAUCAUUUCUUCAUCAUUUCCUUGAAGUAAUAAUCAUCAUAUUUAUUAUUUUGCACUGCAGACGCAGUAGUUCUUCUGCCUUAGCGUCUCGGUCUGAUUGCAUUUCCAUGAAGAAAUGAUUAUAAAUGUUCUUCCUUGAGCUGCGUCACCCCGCUGCAGUCCACAAUGGACUGGCCUGAGGUCUCACUACAAACAAGCGGCUGCUGGAAGAGAGUAGGUGAGUUGUGUUUAGUCUCUUUGCUAAAGAAGUUAGGCAAAGUUAAAAAGAUGUUUGGUGGCUAGCACUAUGGCUAGGACCCUAUAUGUCCUGUUGAUGAAGUUAGGUGCUGUUCUGAGCAUUAUUUGUGGUGUUUUAGUUGAGGUUUGUUUAUAGCUCCUCAGACCGCUGUGUAUUGCUAUUGUGCUGUCGUUACUAAAGUUGGUAUAACUAGAGAAGCAAGCGGUCGGCAACAUUCAUCUCUCAAGGGGGUGUCUAACUCAGUGUUACAGUGUGUUUGACCCUAGGAAAAACUUCUACAUCCGGACUGUAACUAAGUCCAUUUCAACUUACUUGGAUCCUACCAUCAGCGCAUCAAAUGAACACAACUAAAUGUUAAACUAAAUGAUAAAUAAAGGAGGUUUUCUCGAAAUACUGUUCCUUUUUCAUAUGUUGGUGAUGUUCAGGCCUCUAUAAUGCUUUGGUUUUAACUCUUUUUGAAAGGUGUUUCCACGUGAACUCUAGUGGCGUAAACUCCUUGAUUUACUCUUGUCUGUCUUUGUAGGAUGUAAAACAGAGUGGGACGGGAUCGGGUGCUGGCUGCGAGCCGAAGUAGGACAUGUGGUCAACAUUUCCUGCUCGGAAGUCUUCCAGCAUUUCUCCAGUAAUCAAGGUAGGUUUCCACGUCACUCCACAAAACAGCACAGACAGAGAAGGAAACCCGUUAUUCAACAAACAGGAAAGUUAGACGUCUCGUUCUUUCCUGGUCUGAACGCCUCGUAUGUUUAUCUGCAGUGCUGUUGCAAGCUGGAGUCACUCUGAUUAAGAAGCACGGCAAUGAAAUAUUUAUGUUCAUUUGCAAGAAUAUAAAUAAGCUGGGAAGUUUCUGGCAGAAGAAAUGACGUGUUGUGAAACGUUGUGUGCGGGGUCCAUCACACUGUGACAUCCUCCCCGGCUGUUGUAGGAUUUGUGCCUUCAGAGAAAUACUGCUCAUGUCACCAGAAGAGACACUUUCUGAUAUGAAAGUAUUACAGUCAUUAAAGUUAAAGGUGACUUAAAGUUUUGGAAGUUUUAUUUGUGGAGGCGAUGCAAGGAGUAAACGAGUUAUUCUUGCUGUUUAUUCAAUCUCACAAAUAACACAGUGGUUUGAAAUAAUGAGGCGUUAGGCGUUGAGUAAUCUUAGAUCAAUUAUUAAUGGUUUGCAUCUGUAAAUGAGUGUUUAUAGGACAGCGAGUGCAUUUUUAAAAACCCUUUAUCUCCAGCUUUGAAUGCACAUCGUAAACAAACAAAACAGCAUUGUUUUUCUUGUUGUCUUUAUAGGAUUGUCAUUGUGAUCAUCAUCAUUAUGGGAAGAAAGGUCAGGCUCAUUACGGCUCCUUCCUCUGAAUCUUGAUCGACAUUGUGGCUCAUUAUGAUCUAAAUUGCAGAUCACUGUCAGACCAGAGUCUUGGCUGCGUUAGUUCCUGUUCACACAGUUCAGAGACAACAUCCCGUGCCGUGCACCUGUGCAUGUCUUCUGUUUUGCCGUAGUGUGCUACCUGCGUUAAAACACCUGGAGAUGUUCGGAUCCCCAGACACACCAGAGCACACAAUGACGCGGCUGACCUUUUUCUCCCGAUACCCACAGCUUCCAAAUGGACAUUUACAAGAACUGACUGUGAGAGGAUUCGAACGAGAGCAUAAAAGCACCGAAUGUUUUCUGACUGGAUGAACUAAUGGAGUGAAAUGGUGCAGGCGAGGAAAGGACAGGGUAGGAAUUCAAUUGUGGGGGACUGACAACUUUUUGGAGCUGUGCUGUGAAGAAGAUAAGUUUGUUAAUGAAGAUAUAUGUGAAGAAAACACAAGAAACUCCAACUGUCUGGCGGUUAAAGACAGGUGAAAGGAGAGGAGACUCAGUAAUCGAAAUAUACUGUUGUGCUUUUUACACAAUAUGUGAUUAACCUUCCUCCUGUUAGCUUUGACUUCGCACCCACUAUGUCUUAAAUCAGCUGCAAAUUACACUACAAACAAUUCUCUAUCAUCCAAUUUGGUUCUCAUCUCAAGGUUACCUUGUUAAGCUUCAUUAUCCAUGAAAAUAUUGCUUAUAAUAUUCUUUUGUAGUGGUCCUCUGGGCCUUUCUAUGCCAGUAAACCCCUCACACAGACAUCUAUACUGAAUUGAUCUCACAUGUCUGGACAUGCCCGAUGUUGUUUUUUGUGCAGGGAAAAACAGGCAAAAUGAGAAUUUCCUGAAUCUCACAUGAUUGGAAGAGGAUCUGACUGUCAGUGUGGUGCCUGUCAGUGCACUAAUCAUUAGAUAUUGAUCUAACCGGGUCAACAGCGACCCUAACACGACAAGUGCCAUAAUUUUAAAAAAGAGCAUUUUAUCAUUUAGUCAAUCAAAUUUUGUGGUUCCUGACAAAGUCAAAAAGUCUCGAUGCAAAAAAGCUCAUUUAAGUGGUUCUUUUAUGCAUUUAAAAUCAGAAACGGGUCGGUGCAGACCCUAACACAGGAGGAGGGAGAAAGGUGAAAGGGAUAAAGGUGAAGAGUACGUCCCUUUGUUACAAAUGUGGUUCAUGAUUUCAGCAUUCAGUCUUACAAUACGUAUAAAAUGAAGGCUGCAUGUGCACACAUGUAGCUCAAAUAUUUUAGUCACAUUUCUGCGUCUGGUAAACUGGCAUUUCACACAACCUCUGACAUUUGCCCAUCAUCCGUCUUUUUGAAGCCUAAGGUUUAGCACAUUGGCUGUCACCAUGCAACUUCACUGGAGCCAUAAGGUAUGAUAUUUGGUCCAAAGGGUUAAGCUCGGGAGGACCAUGGAGUCGAAAAUGUCAAGUUUUGAAAGCUGUUGAGUUUUCGCCCAUCAGCCAGUUCGAGGCAAAUCAAGUACAUGCUCUUUAAAAGCGAGUCUUUAUCUGUGAUUGUAUCUCACUGCAGUUGUAAGCUUUUACGCUAAGAAAACUUAAGCCCUUUCCAUGCUGCUUGUUCAGGGUGUUAGUUUAUGCCCCAUUACAUCUCUUCUUUAACAUGAUAAUGGUAGGACCAAGUUUUCCCACUACAAUUCCAGCGUUAAAGAUAGCAACAGAGGUGUUGAAGUGGCAGCACACUGUUAGCAGGUGGAGCAUGAAGGGCAAAACGUCACGUUAUCAGGUCAGCUUUCACCAGAACACUAUUCUCAUCAACACGUAUGAAAAAGAACUUUUCCUGAGAUAAAAUAUUUUGAUAAGAAAUUCUUGGGUUCAACAUUUCUUUUAGUAUUUUUGUGCAUUUCUGACCAAAAAGUCCAACUACCAGAUAACAAAAAAUCAAUCAAUCAAUCAUUAAUUUGUAUAGAGCUUUUGGUACAGUGAGAUGUAGCACAAAGUGUUUCAAAGAAAAUCAUUAAAAUCAUAAAAAAAGGAAAAAAAAAAACAGAUUAAUCUAAGUGUAGAGACAAGCAGAUAUGUAUGUAAACACAAAAUAAUAAUAAAAAUGAAACAACACAGAAUGACCUGAGGAAGCUAGGAAACACUAUCAUGAGACCAUAAUGAGUAAACACCAGAGGUAGGAUUAAAAUGUUAAAAUUCAAAAUGGAUGAAAUGAAAAUAAAUACAUAAAAUCAAAUAAUAAACAGAUGAUAAAACACUAAAACCUAAAUAAACACUGAAAGUAAGUACUGAAGGAUACGAGAAUAAAAGGAAGAAUAAAAGAAAGUCAGACAAAAAAAAAAAAAAAAUGUUAGGGAGUCAUACGUGAAUAAUGCAAGUUGCACCCUAUUAAAAUAAUGGCCCAAGUCAUUUUUUGUCAAAAAUGAGUUUUUGACCUAAAUCGUGCUUAAUUCAUCUCAAGAUAUGAUUUAGGUGCAAGUAAGUGCAAGCAAUAAAAAUGAGAAAUACUCUAUGAAAUUUGUAAAAAAGAGUAACAGUUUCUUUUUCUUUAGCUUCAGAGAUGCACUUUUAGAUGGGGUCUAAUGGGGACUGGCUGACAUUUCGAGUCAGCCUCAAGUGGUCACUCAAGGAACUGCAGUUUUUGGCACUUAGGUAUUAGUUCAUGAUAACUAAUUAAGUUUUUGGUAAGUUUAAGAUGUUGUAUGAUUUUGUUUCAAUGUUGAAAUCACUUAAAACAAAUACAAAAUCUCCUUGUCUGUCACCUCAGGACAUGUUUACAGGAAUUGUACAGAGGAUGGCUGGUCAGAGAUGUAUCCAAACUUCGAGGAGACGUGUGCUUUAAGUGAUGACAGCGAGCCUGAAACCGAGGUAAAAAUCUGGCUCAAAGUGGUGCCACACUGACAGUACCCCAUCAGUUGCUAAUGCCAAUGGUGAAUGGUGAAUGGUGAACCUUCAAAACUCCAGAGGUGGCAGAGAGUUAUCUUAGGUCAUAGCGUGUUUCAUCAGUUUUGUGUUUGUAUCCAAACCCCCGCAACGCUUUUCUGUGACAUUCACUCAGGUCAGACAUGUGAAAGGAUCCGGUUUUUAUCACUCACACAAUGUUCCUCUCUCUGCAGACGAGUUACCUCUCCACGUUCAGACAGGUUUACACUGUGGGCUACGCCACCUCGCUCAUCUCCCUCAUUACGGCGAUAGUGGUGUUCACAGCUUUCAGGUAAGACCAGAGAAGCACACACUGUCCUGGAUACACACACACCAACAUCGGGCAAAAACAGAGACGACAAUGACAGGGAUGCUCACUCACCCGAUAAGCACUUUGCAUUUUUCUUACACUUUCAAAAGACACAAAUAUCCAAGCAUUCAGGCACAGACAGUUUGAUUGAUUCAGGCCGAGUUAAGCUGAAGUUUGGGAGACUUCUUAUACAUGCAAAUAUUUUCCACUUCCUUGUGUGUUUUAGGAAGUUCAGAUGCACCAGAAACUACAUCCACGUCAACCUGUUUUCCUCCUUUGUUCUGAGAGCCAGCGCUGUUUUCAUCAAAGACACCGUGCUGUUUGCUGAUGAGACCCUGGACCACUGCUCUGUAUCCACGGUGAGCGUGCUCAUUAGUCAAUUACGUUCCCAUCAUACGGCAGAUUCUCACAUCUGUGUGAUUAAGUUAGCUCAGAAAAGAGACAGGGAAGAUGAGCCAAAGAGGAGGAAACAUCAGGUAAUUAGCUAAAUUGCAAAAUCUCUGCGCCAGAAAACAAGAUUGGGCAGUACUUUUAAAAGAUAUAUUUUUAACUCAUAACUACUUCAGGAAAGAGGGUUGCAUGAUAAAAUUAUACCUGAACCUGUGUGUUAGUCUGUCUUAAAAUAACUUCCCCUCCAGUAGCAGAAACGUUUUGUUGUGUCCUCUCCAGGCAGCGUGCAAGUCUGCCGUGGCGUUCUUCCAGUUUAGUAUUCUGGCCAAUUACUUCUGGCUGCUGGUGGAGGGCAUGUAUCUGCAGACGCUGCUGGCCCUGACCUUUGUCUCUCAGAGGAAAUACUUCUGGUGGUACAUCCUGAUUGGAUGGGGUGAGUAGAAAACAGUUUGAAUGAGAGCAGCUAUAGUCUCGGACGGACUUGUUCUAAUAAACAAAACACACUUCGUCGUUUCCAUUGAGCGCUCGCAGUCAACCUCAGAGAAGCAGCUCAGGUCUUCUCCAUCUGAAGGCCAUUUAACAAAUCUUACUGUCUCCACACACGAGAGUAAAAUCAUUUGCACGAAUGAAUUACAUGGAAAGUCAACGCAAAGACGCAAUUAGACGCUUUUGCUACUCCAGCGGCAUGAAUGAUGCGAAUUGGGCGGGAGCUGAAAAUGUCUCAACUUAAGCGGAUAUUUGAGUCGCGUUAACUUUCAUGGACAGCUUUCACAGUUGGAUAGUGUGUCAGAAACAGUACGGCAAGGCAAAUCUGAAAGUCGUUUAUCAUGUGAGUAAUAAUUAAAAAAGUUACAAGAGAUCCUGAAAACAGUUGAAACAGCCCUUUAGUCUGUAAUUUUCUGUAUUCUUUGAAGGUUAUUAUCAAAAGCCUAGAGAAGACAAAUUUCUUACUGAGGAUAAUUUCAUAAAAAGUUUGAGUCAAAGUAUCUACGUCGACUCUGUUUCUGUCUCCACAAACCAAGCGCGAGUAAAAUCAUUCGCGCGAAUGACGCGAAUUAGGCACAAGCUGAAAACAUCUCAACUUGAGCGGAUAUUCGCGACGCAAUAACUAAUCAGCACGAAGGUUGCCGGGUGAUGUAUGAAAACAGACGGUUGUUCACUGAUACCUAAAAUGGAGGACAAACUGAUCGUGGCGGUGUGUAGGUACCCCAAAUUACACGAUACCUUUUCUUUCAAUUACCGAAACCAGAAUUAAAAGGAGCUCACCUAGAGGCAAGUGAGUGAGGAGGUCGGAUUACCUGGUAAAUUGCAAGAAAACCUUCGUCUAUCCUUUGAUCCUGCAGGUUAGAUUGGCAGGGAUUACCGUUGAAAUUACCGUUGACGUGCGAAUGAAGCGAGCAAAUACUACUAAGUCACGCAUCUACAUUCGCGCGAAUAAAGCGAGUAGAUGAUUUUACUUGGGCUUGAUGUGAGCGCACCAUUAGAGUUUGGGCCCAGGGUGACUAAAGUUGCUCAAGUUUUCUAAGUAGAAGCCCAUCUGGAGGUGAUGUUUCCGAUAGGCGACUUCAUGCUGUGAGGGACAAGUUUGAAAAAUUUGGAGGGCAGAGCUCGAGAAAAUGCAGAAAGGUGCAAAUGUGAAAGCAGCUAUGAGAUUGUUAUUCUCUUGCCAUCUAUGAUUGUUGAGGAUUCGCCUCUUGUCAUUUUUGACUCCGAGUUAUUCACCCCAACUGACAUUUUUGGGUGGUAAUCAGCUCACCAGAAAAUCAGGUCCCUUCCCCAGCAUUUUCUUGCUCUCUUUCCGUUUUUUUUCUCCGUGAUAAAUCUUUCAUAACAGUUACGUAUGCUAACCCUCUUUCAAUUCAGUUAGCGUUUACUGAUCUCCGCACACAGCUUGGAGAAAAAAAAAGAAAAGCCUACAUCUAAGAGAAAUUAAUGAAGAAGUACCUUGAACGUGUGGUCAGCUGAUUUAAUCUUAAGAGCAUCUUACCACAUGAGAAAAACAAGUGAGGAUAAAUGGAAAAAAUACAACGUCAGUUCUCGAGGCUUACCGCAAACACUCGAGGCUCUGUUAGAGAGACACUGAUUCAUAUGUUAAUUUGAGCCCUUUGUUUGGGGUGGUGUUUGAUUACAGUAGACUGAAUUACACUGUUACUUAAUCUACUUCCUGUCACAUCAUUUAUCCACCUGGAGAUAGAAACCUAUUUGUUGGCAUUAGCCCUUUUUUUUCAGGCUGGGACUUUUGUGCCCCUUAAAUGUAAAUGCCACAGAGGGGAAAUACCACUAUUAACCCUCAUAUGACCAGUUACACUCAGUCUGUCUGGAUUUGUUUUGAUUAUUUGCUUGUAAAAUUCCUGCUUUACCGUAAUGAUGAGUAUGUCAUGCUAUUCAUGACUUUCGGGAACCAUUUGAAUUUUUCUAAAUUGCGCUUAUGGUCCAGGAGUUACGGUACUAAUGUAAGGACUCCAUGUGAAAGUGCAAAGGUGUGAUGAUUGUUACUGUGCUAAUCAUGUUCAAAGGGCUUCGGCCUUGAUAUCUAAAACCUGGAAACCUUUUGUUCAUAUAAUACAAGCUGCUAAAUUUUAUUUAGGGUGACCUUAAUUUGGGGGCGGAGUCACGCAGUUGCACGUAGUUAAUAUUGAGAGUUUUUUUGGGUCGGAUUGAGGUUUUUUUUUUUACUCAGAACUUCCAUACAAAACCACAGACAUUUGAAGGAUUUUAUAAAGUCCCCCUGACAAGACUGGACAACCUCCAAAAAAGUCACCUUAUUUCACUUCCUCACUUAAUUUGCUCUAAUUUCUGUGUGCUUUGAAUUUCAUGUGUUUUCCUAUCAAUGUGCUGCUCAUUCAGCUUUCUUUCAAGGGGUUUGUUUGCGUAUUUUGGUGUAUCAACCUGUUGAGUAUUUCAUUGAAAUUGUAUUUAGUGUCACGAACUGAGGCGCAGAAGGCAGGACACAACUGCUCGACACUAAAUCAGAAGGUCUAAAAAGCGCAAUGGUUUAAAGUUCAUGCAAGGCUUGACUAUGACUAUGACUAUUAAAGAAUGCUGGUAUGAGGACUAUGAAGCACAACAAACUGGGGAUUAGCGUCAGAGACAUGAGGUUAAAUACAAGAGGUAAUGAGGGUGAUGGGAAACAGGUGGGGAGACACAAUCAGGAUGCAGGUGUGUCAAAAUGGAGGAACAAAUCUAGAAAACAGAGACAAGGGUUAAUGAUCUACAAAAUAAAACAGGAAGGACAAGACAUGAAACGAAACAUGAGUGUGCAAAAUGAAAGGAAACUUAACAUAAAUAAACCAACAUGACAUUUAGAGUAGCAGUGAAUCUUAUAUUUUCCAGAAAGUGUCCCUAUCCAUGUGGAAAAUAUAAUAAAAUCCCUUAAGAUCCUUUUUCUUAUUUAUCUUUUUCAACAUCUUUUUAAAAAGUAUCCGUCUUUACUGUUUUUUAAUCAAACUUACCUCCAGUUGAGAUCUGCAGCAGCUGAACCUUCAUGCCGGAGAGGAUGAAAAAAAUAUGAAACGGUCUUUUUAGAGAGGUUACAUCACAGCAGCUCGAGGCUUACGUGGCUCCCCUUGGGAAAUGAGCACAUCUCUGAUGUCCACACUGUAAACUUGGCCAAGCGUGGAGGUGUUCUGGACCCAGAAAUGGGACCCAUCAGUCUGUUUGUGAGAGACACAAAGGUCAGGCACGGAGGAAAUGAUUGAAAGGCAGAGGAAGACAACCACAGCUCGGCAAACUUUGAGAGACGUGUCUGAAUAUCUCUUGGGCAGUGCCUCAAUCAGACGCAAAAUAACUGUUCAUAACUUCAGAAAAUGACAAAACAACUCAACAGGAGGUUGUCUUCGCAGAUUUAAGGCACAGAAUAUUGAAAAUAUUGUCUGUAACACCCAAAAACACAUUUCAACCUGACUCUAAAACAAAACCAUACACUGUACCGCAGAAAAAUACACACUCUUUGUCCUGAGGUUUCUGUGUGUUUACAACCCAGGGUUUUUGUUAGUGUAUCUGUGUUUGUGUGCGAUGUUUACCCAACUCCCGCUGUGACCAGUUUUAUCCGCUUCUUUCUGGUUGGCACUAUCUCACUCUCUCACCUGCGUCCCGCUUUUAUCCUGAGCUUGAGCCGCAGAUUAUUUUAAUAAACCGAGUAAACGAAAUGCUCGCUCGAGGGUUUCUCUCUGAAAACAUGCAGUUAACAUGUAAACUUGACCACAGGUGUCGUCAGGGUCAAUUAUCACACACGGACACUCGUAUUAUAAUAAUGCUCUGCUUUUGUUUUGUAGGACUCCCGUCUACAGUUCUGAUACUGUGGGUCUUGACCAGAUACUUCUAUGACAACAGCGGGUACAGUAUUAACAAAUUAUAUCGUCUCUUCAUUUCACCUCUAUAAUCUCUGUGUUUAACUGUACAUUUGAACAUUUUAAUGCUUAUUCUGUCUUUAAAUGCAGCUGCUGGGAUGACACAGAAAACGUUGCUAUCUGGUGGAUCAUCAAAGGUCCGAUAACAGCUUCACUGCUGGUGAGAGUUUUCAUAUUUUUCUCACUCGAUUAAAAUUUUGUAAAUUUUUUUCCACUCUUGAGGUAUUCAUACAGACUUGUGACCUCAUCCCUGCUAGGUCAACAUCGUCAUCUUCAUCAAUGUGAUCCGAAUUCUGGUUCAGAAGCUCAAAUCUUCAGCCAUGGCAGGAAACAAUGACACGGGACAUUUCAUGUGAGUCAGAAAGUGAAAACAAAAAAAGUUGGACCUUGAGUUGACUCAUGGAGAGGCUGCCUUCAGCCAUUAUGGCCCAAAGUUAUGGAACAGCCUGCCAGAGAACAUCAGGACCGCAGAGACUGUUGAUGUUUUUAAAAGGAGGCUCAAGACUCACCUUUUUAGCUUAGCUUUUAGCUGAUUUAACUGUUUUAGUUUAUUUUAUCCUUUACUUUUUUCACAUUUUUAUAUCAUUUAGAUAUUUUAACAUUAUUUUAAUUUAGUUUUAAUUUAUUUUAUCCUUUACUUUUAUCACAUUUUUAUAUCAUUUAGAUAUUUUAACAUAAUUUAAUUUAAUUUUAGUUUAUUUUAUCCUUUACUUUUAUCACAUUUUUAUGUCAUUUAGAUAUUUUAACAUUAUUUUAAUUUAGUUUUAAUUUAUUUUAUCCUUUACUUUUAUCACAUUUUUAUAUCAUUUAGAUAUUUUAACAUUAUUUUAAUUUAGUUUUAGUUUAUUUUAUCCUUUACUUUUAUCACAUUUUUAUAUCAUUUAGAUAUUUUAACAUUAUUUUAAUUUAGUUUUAGUUGAUUUUAUCCUUUACUUUUAUCACAUUUUUAUGUCGUUUAGAUAUUUUAACAUUAUUUUAAUUUAGUUUUAGUUGAUUUUAUCCUUUACUUUUAUCACAUUUUUAUGUCAUUUAGAUAUUUUAACAUUAUUUUAAUUUAGUUUUAGUUUAUUCUAUCCUUUACUUUUAUCACAUUUUUAUAUCAUUUAGAUAUUUUAACAUUAUUUUAAUUCCUACUAUCUCUUAGUCUUUUUAGCUCCAGUGUUUCCUCGUGGGGGCCCUCCACACUGGGAGGUGUGUCUGGUCCACCCCCAGGGGGCGUGGUCCCACUAUGUGCGGGGUGCACCCGGGCUGUCUGGGUCGGGGGUCUCGGGGGCGGUGCUCCCUGUGGGGGUGGGCUGUGGCUCCUGUCGGUGUGGACGGCUCCCAUUGGUGGUCUUUCCUUACCAGGAUCCUCAGUGCCUUGCCAUGUUUUUACUGACAGUUAGUGUGUGGGUGUGUGGAUAUGUGUGUGCGUGUAUGUGUGUGUGUGGGGGGCCUGCUGUUCAUGCCUGUAUGUGCUGCUGUGGGUGGGAAGGGACGGGUUUUAUGCCUAUUUAAUUGCCUUAUAUUCACCGUUGUUUGUUUUUUUACCGUUGUUUGUUUUUAUCUUUUUGUAAAGCACCUUGUGUUGCAGCUUAAAAGCAUGAAAGGUGCUAUAUAAAUAAAGUUUGAUUUGAUUUGAUUUAAAAGGAUUGCAUUAAUAAAGGUGUAGCUUUGGUAGAACAGACAUUAGAUUUUAGUUGAAUACAUCAGGACCAAAAGCUAAAACACAAUCGAGCUGCAGCAGAAAACUACUUAUAAGAGAGAAUCGGCAGAGCAACAUGUGAAAGAUGUCAGGCUGUAAAAGCUUCCUGGUACUCCUGACUGCAAGAGUGAGUGUUACUUCACAGCAGGGAGCCAAACAGGAGAUGAAUGAACUGCUGAUUGUGUUUUUGAAGGAAACAGCUGAUGCCGAUCAGCUGAUGAAGGUGAGACUUCAGAGCUCUGCUUGAAGCUAACAAAGUCCUACAUCUGUGCGAUUAAUUUUUACUACAGCUUUCAUUUUUAUUUGAAGAUCAUGUAGGGAGAUAUCAUGACCCGGCCUGUUUCAGAAGUGGUUUUUCUUUCUGCAGGGUUUGUCAGAUACUGAUAUCAGCUUCUCUUUGAAAGAAUUACACGCUUCAUCUAUUGAUCGCGGUCACAGCGGGGUAAAAAGUGAGCUGUACUCUUCGGGAAAACAGUGGCAUUAACAUUCUACCUACUAAUCUGACAAGUUGAUGAAUACAAAUGCUCAAAACACGCUUCAAGUGCGUGUUUGGAUCUCUAAUGAAAACAGUUUUGGAGUGAGACAGAUUCAUAAAAACUCAAAGAUUCACAGAAGUGUUGGUCAGCAGUUAAAAAUGUAGUGAAAUCGGCUGAAUGUGAAUUAAUGUGUCAGUGACGGCAGCUCCUUUAAUGAGUUUACUCUAAAGAGAGAAAGGAGAAUUAAUUUCCUCUUUACAGUUUAGGAAAGAAAAAGCUGCGUUCAUAUUUCUACUCGGGAAAUAAAUCCUUCCUUUCUAUCGUCAUUUGGCUCAGACAUUCCAGUUCAGCUGAAUUAAUAUAAAAUGAGAGCGGCACAUAAAAAUAGCACCUGGAUACCAGAAAUAGAAAUCUUCUCUUCUCCGGGAGUGUGACAGGAUUGUUCCACCCGUUCAAUGGCUGUUGAUCUCUCAAAGGCUUCAUUUGUUCCUCUAUCAAACUUUAAUCCGAUUCAGACGGAUAGAUAGAUCUGUGAUGUUCACCUGAAAGCUUGGAUCCCAGCCAUGACAAAAGUCGAAUAAAAUCUUAUUAAAGGAUGACAAUAAUCUGAGAUUUUUUAGGUGGUGAUGUUAUAUCAGAUCAGAGUGUUUUUCAUGACUUUUUUCUGUCCUAAUAGGUAUUAAAUCUUCACUGAACCGCUCAGUGAUAGAAUCAUCAGAGAACAAAGUAAUCCAUAUUGGGAUUAGCCGCUCUUUAUUGAUCUGUGAUGGAUUAGCUUUGUGUUCAGAUAAGGUAACAUCUUCACAACAUGAGAGAUUAACCCUUAGGAACAUGAUCAGCUUAGAUGUGUUUUUUUGGAAUGUAUAACUUUAGUGAUCACCAUGAUAACAAACGUACACACGGUGUUUAGACAUCACCGAUCUAAUUCAGACUUCGCUUCGGGGACAAUGCGUCACAUUGUUAUAUUUUGACAUUUCAGUUUGAUCCACUGAUUAGCCCGGUGACGAUGAUGUCUUAAAGGUCGGUUUGUGAGAUUUGAUCUACGUGACAUCCGGGCGAACCCUGAUUAAAGUUUUCAAAAAUGUGACACAAUUUGACAUUUAAAACUUAAAAACUGAUUAGGCCGACGCUGAUAACAUGAAUAUUUCAACCUGGAGAUACCAUUAAUAAUGCAUCUGCUGAUUUUUGUUGUUUUUAUGAAAUGCAAAUAAAUAUUAAUCUCAUCAGAUAUUUAAAAAAAGGAGCUGUCUGUAUUUCUAAUCUGUUUGAAAAUUCUCAGAUUAUUUUUAACUGUUUAUCGGAUUCAACUGAUACUAGCCGUGACCUUCAUGGAAAAUGACCUGCUGGUGUGGCUGUGGCUCAAUCCUGAUCAACACUCUGGAUUAUGCGGCACAAGUCCUCUUCACGCUCCCUUUAGGAUACUACAAAGACCAGGGGUCAAACUGAAAACAUAGAAAUUUUAUAUUAGAAACAGCUUUUACUGUCGACAGCAUGAAGUUAUGGGAACAGAAAGGGUUUCCAAGUUGUGCCUCAUCGUUAUGUGGACUAAAGUCUAGUUUCUCGUCUUUCUUUCACUCCUUUAGGAGGCUGGCUAAAUCCACCCUCUUCCUCAUCCCGCUGUUUGGGAUGCACUACACAGUGUUUGCCUUCCUUCCUGAAACCACUGGAGUCGCAGCAAGACUCUACAUCGAGCUGGGGCUGGGGUCCUUUCAGGUAUCAAGCUAUAGAGUUUGAGAGUGGCAUCAGUGAUUGAUUUGAGAAAUUAAUGUGGGAUAUUUAAAGGGAUAUUCUGGCGUAAAAUUAAUUGAGGGUCAAAUUCACUGUAACACAGAGUUAGACACCCCCUCGAGAGAUGAAUCUUGCUGACCGUUUACUUCUCUAGUUAUACCAACUUUAGUAACGACCGCAUGAUAGCAAUACACAACAGUCUGAGGAGCCACACACAAACCUCAACCAAAACGCCACUCUAUAGCCACAAAUAACGUUCAGAACAGCACCUAACUUCAUCAACAGUACAUAUAGGGUCCCAGCCAUAGUACUAGCCACCAAACAUCUUUUUAACUUUGCCAAAUUUCUUUAGCAAAGAGACUAAACACAACUCACCUACUCUCUUCCAGCAGCCGCUUGUUUGUUGCGAGACCUCGGGUUAGUCCAUUACAGACUACAGCGGGGUGUCUCAGCUCAAGGAAGAACAUUUAUGAUCAUUUCUUCAUGGAAAUGCAAUCAGACCGAGAUGCUAAGGCAGAAGAACUACCACGUCUGCAGUGCAAAAUGAUUAAUAUGAUGAUUAUUACUUCAUGGAAAUGAUAAAGAAAUGAUCAUAAAUGCUCUUCCUAAAUAAAUUUUAUGCCGGAAUAUCCCUUUAAGUCUACCUGAAUAUCUCUCUUUUCACCCCCAAGUUUAUUGUUAUAAGGGAACUGACUUGAUUGCUUACUAGAAUAAAGUGUAAUAGGCCCAGAUUGAAAAUGAUUUGUGUGUGUGUUGCAGGGUUUUGUGGUGGCGCUGCUGUAUUGCUUCAUGAAUGGAGAGGUAAGUCAGUGGAGAUCACAGUUUUCUAAAACUGAAGUCCUACAAACCCUAACCCUAGAAAUACUUCAAAGGUUGGAGUCAGGAAGAAACCUAAAACAGUAACAUCUACAUCAGCUGUUGGAUUUUAAUAAAAUACCGCAAGGACGAAAAUACGUAUAGGAAAAAGGUUAAAGUUUUCUGGGAGCCUUUAACUCAGAGGUGACUGGAUGCUAAACUUUGGCUGUGGUCUACUACAGCUGCUUAAACACCAAAUUUCUCCAGAUAACAAAGAAAAUUGAUCAACACAAAACCAUCUGCUAGCUGACAAACAAUUGUUGCAUAACAGAUGUAAAGUAGAGAAACAAAAUGUGUGAUUUCCACUAUUUAAAUGAUUUAUCCCUGAAACAUAAAAGCUCCACUCUGAAAACAUGCCAUCAAACUGACCCCUGGGUGACCCCUGCAGUGUCUUUACUGCCACCAGCCCAUAAAGCCAUAAAUACUUGAAGUUCACUCUCUGCGGCUCGGCUUUAAGUCUCUCUCUGUGUUAAUUACUCUGUUGUCUGGGAGUACUUCAAACAUGUGUUCAUUUGCAGGUCCAAACAGAGCUGCGCAGAUGGCUGUGGAAGUGUCACAAUCAAAACCAUCUCACCCCCGCCAAGCAAAGCAUCACUCAGAUUACGAUUCGAGCUCGCGGAGGGCUCAGGAGGCCUCCCUCUAGUGGCAACAUCUCUACAGUAUGACUUCAGGAGACAACAUCUGAGAGGAAAUAUUGUGAAAAUAUCAGAAGAAAUCCUCAAAAAGUCGAGGAGUCUGAUGUUAACACCUCUGAGAAGACUGCGCACUUUGGAGUGAGUGAGGAAAUGUUUUGAUCACGAUGCAUUAUGUUUUAGUGUCAGGAGCAGCUAUGAACCAUCGGUGCGAUCCCUCUGAUUUAGCAGCUGCAUAAAAGAGUGGUUUUAAAAGUUCGGAGACUCUGGUGCUUGAUUUGACCACAACAGAGACAGAGCUGUCCCCGAGCUUGCAUGAAGAUGAUUCUACAUGGUUGUGUUUCACAGUUUGGGCCACCAACACGUUGCAAAUGUUGAGAGAUUAGAUGUGGACAGCUGUGGAGACAAUGGGUCUUUGACCUUGGCUAAAUUAUGUUAAAUACGCUCGUCUCAGCUCAUUGCUUUGCUCUGCAUGGAACAAAAACAGUCGUACUAUUUUGGUGUUGGGUGAAAAUGUGUGCAGCCGGAUUGAUGUGAAAUCGAUGCUGUGCAACAAUUCAUCUGCUGCUAUGGAGACCUUUACAGACAGGAAGUCAAAGAGAAACCUGAUCAAAUGUUUAAUUGAGUCAGUGUCAGAAUUAAAUACUUCAUUUUGAGGAAUCUUACGCUUCGAUGAACCACGAGACACAGUAUUUGUCUUUUUUUAACUUCUUUUUUUGUAAUAAUUGUAUGUUUUUGAUAUAUUAUUUGCACUGCUGGUUGUGACAAAUUCAUACAUGCCAGGGUUUUUCAUGGUAAAAUCGCCUUAAAACAAAGCAUUUAAACAAUUACAGUGUCUUAAAAUUCAUGUGUGUGUCUUUAAAGCUUUGCCUUGUCGAGUCUGUGCAUCACAAACCUGUCCCUAUUUAUCCUGAAUCUCUACAGACCACAAAUAAUGCACUACAAUGAAACAUAAGGUACUUACACUGUCUUUGUGAAGACAAAAGUUUAUGUAUUAUUUUAAACUGAAUAACUGUAUUUCCAUUUUUGUGGAUCUUGUAAGGGAAGAAAAGCACAGGAAUAAAAGAUAUGUGGUUUAUUAAGGAA